AUGAAUCAGUCUGAGCUGACAGCAGACCCCAUGCUCACCACCAACAGCAGCCAUGCAGACUUGUUUCCUGCCAGGGCAUCCAACCACUCCUGUCCUUUGGGCUGGGGGUUGAAAGAAGGCUUGGAGGCUUGCAUUCUCGAGACUGCUGUCAUCGUACUCCUGACGGUGCUCAUUAUCGCGGGGAACCUGACGGUGAUAUUUGUGUUCCACUGUGCUCCUCUACUGCACCAUUACACCACCAGCUACUUCAUCCAGACCAUGGCUUACGCUGACUUGCUGGUGGGUCUUAGCUGUCUGGUGCCCACUUUGUCUUUGCUCCAUUACCCAGCAGGUGUUCAGGAACCGAUCACAUGCCAGGUUUUCAGCUACGUCAUCUCUGUUCUGAAGAGUGUCUCAAUGGCUUGCUUGGCCUGCAUCAGUGUGGACCGUUACUUGGCCAUAACGAAACCACUUUCGUACAACCAGCUGGUCACACCCUGUCGGCUGCGAGGCUGCAUCGCCCUCAUUUGGGUCUACUCAAGCCUGGUUUUCUUACCCUCCUUCUUUGGUUGGGGUAAGCCAGGAUAUCACGGGGAUAUAUUUGAGUGGUGUGCUCACUCGUGGCCCACCUCUGCUCUCUUUACGGGCUUUGUGGUGUGCUUCCUUUAUGCACCUGCUGCACUGGUGGUCUGUUUUACCUACUACCACAUCUUUCGUAUCUGUCAGCAACACAACAGGGAGAUCAGUGAGCGAAGGGCGCGCUUCCCCAGCCAGGAGAUGGAGACUGGUGAGGGGAACGGUGGUGGGCAUCACGGAGGGCAUGGACCAGAUCGGCGCUAUGCGAUGGUACUAUUCCGCAUCACUAGCGUUUUCUACAUGCUUUGGCUGCCCUACAUAAUCUACUUUCUACUCGAGAGCUCCCAUGUGCUCAACAGUCCUGCCCUUUCCUUCAUCACCACCUGGCUUGCCAUUAGCAACAGCUUUUGCAACUGUGUCAUCUACAGCUUGUCCAAUAGCGUGUUUCGCCUGGGAAUGCGCAGGCUAUCACAGACUAUGUGCUCCUUUAGCCAUUGUGCUGCAGAUGAUAGGGAUUUUGGGGAGCCUAAGCCGAGGAAGAGGGCCAACUCGUGUUCUAUCUGA